AUGCCGGUCUCCUCGUCCUACUCGUCGAUAACCAUUCCCGAUGUCGAUAUCUGGGAAUUUUUGUUCGAACGUGCCGACAGGCCAUUUCCCGAUGAUAAGGGCAUGUUCUCUCGCGGUGCUGUUCCCCACCGACAGGACGUGAAAGACAAGGCAAUCGCUUUCGGUCGUGGUCUGCGGGCUACGUAUGAUUGGCAAAAGCGUGAUGUACUCGCCUUGUACACCCCCAACAGCAUCGAUACACCGAUCGUGAUAUGGGGUGCCCACUGGGCAGCCGGUGUUGUGUCUCCAGCCAAUCCCGCCUACAACCUGAAGAAUUCCGGGGCCAAGGCCUUGAUCACCCAGGUUGCCCAUCUCAAGGUUGCCAGAGCCGCCGCCAAGAAAAUGGACAUCCCUGAAUCUCGCAUCCUCCUGAUUGGGGAUGCGCGAGAUCCCAAGGCGGAGAUCAAGCACCUCACGUCCAUUUUCUACAGCUCGGGCAACUUUGGAAGGGCUAGAAUCAAUCCUAAGCAAGACCUGGCAUUCUUGGUCUAUUCUUCAGGAACUACCGGGUUGCCCAAAGGGGUCAUACUAUCACAUCGAAAUAUUGUCGCCAACACCUUGCAGAUCUACUAG